AUGCAGGAAGAGGACAUACAGCGGGCACUCGCCCAAAUCUCAACCGGAGACACAGCCGAAGCGGAGCUCCUUUUGGCCCUGGCCAAACUCAAGCAGAUCAAAGCCACUGAGUGGAAGCAAGGCACGACGGCGGAGACGAAGCAAAAGGCAGUGCAGGUGCUUUCCGGCGCCGUGGCCAAUGAGGAGUACCGGCUCCUCUUGCAGGCCCACGCCGCAGCAGCCUUGGCACCCAUCAUGGAACAGGGAGCGAGCGCGCUUGUGCUGAGCGAGGCAGUGAUCGAGCACCUGUUGCGCCGGAUCGCCGACGUGACGCCACAGCCGGACCUACCCUUCGCACAGAAGAAGUUCUUGCGGGUGCUGGCCCACUCUGUCAAAGUGAAGGCCACGUGCGAUCACGUGGCGAACAAGGGCGGAAUCGAGGUCGUGGCCGGCUUCCUCCGCCGCACGCCGCUGGCCGAGUCCAAGCGCCAGCGGCUGCGAUGGGCGACCUCGUGCCUGUGGAUCAUGGCCACCGAUCUGACGCGCAUCCUGGCGCUGGCCAGUUGCGAUCUCAUCCCGGUCAUUCGCGACAUCUUUCAGGACUACAUCGACACCUACGCGCGCUCAAACUUUUCUUCGCGCUUCCUCUCCGAAGCACUGAUGAGCAUGGCCCAACACGAGGUCACGCUGAUGGAGGUCAUCCGAGAGGAAUGCCUGCCCACGGUCUGGCGCUAUCUACUCUACCACGUAAGGUGCAAGACCGAAUUCCCCAAACGCCCGGAUGUGCUCAAGGUCUACCACCCCAGAGUGACGAAGCUGAGAGCUCGAGUGAAGAGCCUGGUGUGCUGCUCGGUGCGCGGUAAAGACGGACACGGCUUCAAGCCCCUGCUCGCAUUGACCUUCAUGUUCAUGGACAAGGCCGAAAAGCGACAGUUCUUCAUCGACGCCGAUGGCCUCUCCCUCUUCUUCAAGGAGCUCCAGGAGAACAAGGACAGUGCGCUCACGAUUCUGACCGCCUUCAACUGCCUCGUGUUUGGAGUUGAGCAAAUCUACAGUGGGACUGCAGUCGUUCCGCCUGCCAUACCCGAGCCGCAACCCGACACCACCGCCAUCUCGACGACGACGGCGCACCUCCCCGAGUACCUCGCUCCGAUUCGCCGCACGGUGGUUCAAUUGGGCUCGUUCGCCGUGUGGCGCGACGACAAGUCGCUUCACGACGUCACCUUCUCCUUCCCCUACGAGGACAAUCAGACGGUGACGGCGCACAAGCUGUUGUUGGCGGGUCGAUCGGCGGUGUUCAAGGCCAUGUUCACGCUCGGCAUGCGCGAGGCCCAGCGCACGUCCGAGGCGCUGCUCACGAUCCCCAUCCCCAACAUGUCGCCGGCCACCUUCAACCUGCUGCUCGACUUUGUCUACGGCGUCCACCUCGAGGCGGCGGCUCCUCCAGCUCAGCCCGGGACCACCCCAGCUGCGGCCGGCAGCGCGAGUGGGCCGAGCACCAAUGGCCACCAGUCGGCGCCGGCUGGUGGCGGGCAGCCAGGGCAGCGGCCGCUGUUCGCCAACAGCAGCGCGCUGGACGCGGCCGUGGCGUGGCUCGAGCGAUCGGGCGUGGGUCAAGACGGGGCGAGCGCGCUGAUGGCCGCCGCCGGCCAGUACGAGAUUCUCGACCUCGAAGACGCCUGCGCCAUCUUCCUCGGCGGGAAGGUGGUGGCGUCCAACGUGUUGAAUCUGCUGCGAGAGGGCCUUCUCCAUCGAUCGCCGGUGCUCAUCUUCCGCUGCUUCGAAUUCCUCCUCGACAACAUGUGGAGCCUCUUCAUGCACACCGCCACCGCCACCGCCGCGACAACCACCGCCUCAACGCCACAACCAGAAGCCGCCGCUACCACUUCGUCGUCGUCGUCAUCGUCAUCGUCAUCAUCCUCAUCAUCUGGCGAUGGUAAGCAGGACAAGGAGGAGGCAGCUGUGGCAGAUGCGCCGAAGCUGCCGCCGGUCACGCGGGCGUUCAGUCCGCUGGUGCGGGGCAUCUUGAUGGAGGCCGACUGCCUGCAGUGGCUGCGGGGCUUCGUGGUGCGCGGCAUGCUGGGCCUACCGCACGUCGAGUUCGAGGUCGUCGCCUCCGCGGGGCCGCAGAGCAAAGUGCCUCGGCCAGAUGGCGCCAAGGCCUGUUGCCUCCAGUAG